CCUUAUGGAUGGUCCUUACUGUGAAUGAAUGUGUCACAUUCGCCUCUGAUCCACAUCAUGAAACACAUCACACUCUUUGAACCGACCCAUUGAUUGCACCGCAUCGCGUCACCAAUCUGUCUGUCUGUCUGUCUGUCGGCACUCGUGUCUUGCGACGUCACCAUCGUCCCCAAUACCACCCGAGAUAUCUCUCUCGGGUGGCAACGCGAACGAUGUGUACGUGCAAGACACAACUACCGAAUAUGCAAUUGUCAGCUUAUUACAACUAUGGGAUGGCUUCUCAAGUCGCGCUCAGUCAGUGAAAUCUCUCUGUCUGUUUGUGCCUCCCAAUACAGUGGUUGAUUGAGGCAGCAACACUCUCACUCACUCAAGCACUCCAUUACACAGACAACAAACACCAAACCAACACCCUCCCUCCCCCCAUCACUUUACACUACAGUGUCCUUCUUUGACUUCGACACGCCCGACUUGCUGUCCGCAGCACCAACAUCAUACCCAUUCACACCACCAACACCACCACCAGCAGCAGCGCCGUCGGGCGGCGGGAAGGAUGAAGGCGGCGAUGGCGAUGGAGACGGAGAGAGGGAGGGGGAGGGCUGCGGCCCAUUAUCAUCGCCGCCCUUGUCCAUCUUGGCCUGUGCGAAGGGGGGCAGUGCGGCCUCCUCUGGGGGUGUGGGGGCGUCGAUGGCGUCGUCCGGCUGGGUGUUUGGGUUGCCCUCUAUGUCGAUGUCGAGCACCGGCGAUGGCAGCCCCUCGCCACGCGAUUGGAAGUAGCGGGCCAUCUCCUGCCGCCGAUCGGUAUACGGCGAGGGAAAGAAAUUCGGGAAGAACCUGUGAGCCCCAAGCCAGCAGAAACACACAGCGGCACUGACUAGUGGGUGUGUGUUGGGUCUACUGGCCGGGCCGGCCGACCUUUGUAUGAAAGAGAAGACGAGUACAUGGCCGACUGGCGAGAGGGGUAUGAUGAGUAUGAUGGUGAAGGGCACCAGGUUGAGCAGGUCGCGGCCUGUGCGGCGCAGCGCACUCACCUCGCGAGGCGACAACGUGUACCUACACGCACCGCAGCGCAGCGCAGCCACACACAUCCCAUCCCAUCCCUCGAUGGAUGAGAUCUUCCCUCUGUUUCUGUGGGAGUGAGUGAGUGAACUCACUGGUCGAAUGCGGCGGCCUUGAACAGGCCGAUGGCGUACUGUAUGUCUGAGACGAGCAGCCUGGUGCCCAGCCAGUAGAAGGCGACGCCGUUCCUGAUCUUGUCCGUCUGCUCCUCCAGGGAGGCCUUGAUGGUGGCCCAGUCAAACCCACGCUGGAGGCCGGCCGCAAAGGGCUUGGGAGGGGGCAGCUCCAGACCUGAUGGAUGAUGGACGGACGGAUGGAUGGAUGGUUGGAUGGGGGAGGGUGUGGUGUGGUGUGGUGUGGUGUGAGUGGGGGACUGCACUUGACUUGCCUGCUCUGGCUUUGAGCUCCUUGACUUCCACAGACAGCACCGCCAGUGUGCCCUCGUCAGACAGAGAUAGCGUGCCCGUCUGACAUGACAUCAACACACCAACCAGACAACACACACGUUGAUGCGAUGCGAUGCCUGCAGCCCUCAUUCGGUCUCUUCUUUUGUGGUGUGAACCAAACCUGUAUCCAGAUCUUGAGGAGUCUGUUGAGUUUGCCCUCGAGCCUGAGGUACUCCCUGAGGAGCCCCUGGAACUGCACCGACACCGCCCCCAUCUGCGCCGACCCCCCCAUGCCCAUCCCACCCACAGACGCUGACGGCCCCACCACCACAUCCCUCCUCACGCCGCCGUCGUUGCUGUUGACAUUGACAUUGAGAUUGACAUUGUUGUUGCUGUUGGGUGUGUAAGAGGGUAUAGUGAUGUUCCUGCGGUCGAAAAGCAGCUCGAGGCGCUUGAGGUCGAGCUCGACCUGCUGGAACUUGAGCUGCCGCUUGAGGUCUUGGACCUGCCGGUCAGCCCGCGACAGCUCCCUCUCCACAUCUGCACGCACACCCACGUCCUCACUGCUUGUCGAACGAAUGUCCACCAACACCUCUGAAUGAACACACAGGCAGGGCAGGGCAGGCAAGAAGGAUGCAUCGCAUUGAUGGCGAACGGUGGUCUUGUCUUGUCCGGUUCAAUCCGCACCUCUGAGCCUGGCCCGCUCUUUCCUCGCUUCAGGCAGCUCGUCCUCUGUCUGGGAAAUGUACGCACGCAAAUUCUGAAUCGACGGACUCGCCUGAAAGCAACACCACACACAGACCGAUCAAUAAAUAAGCCACAACAGCUGCAUGACAUGGCAUGACACCGGUCGGUUCCAUCCAGUCGCCUCGCCUCGGCCCCACCCACCUCAAUUUGUUCUGCGAGUGAGAGUGCGGCCCGUCUGCCUUCGCCCUGUUCGUCCUCGAACCCCGGGGGUAUGCCGUUCAAACGCUCCCAUAGCUCCACCAGAAACCGCAGCGUGCCACGCCAGGAGCGAUAGAACGCCUGACCUGUCGCUAUCGCACGCUGAUAUGGGGACAUACACACACGAAGAUAGAUCCACAGAUCAACAGACAGACAGACAGACAGACGGACGGGAGAUGAGAUGAGAUGAGCAGGGAAGAGGGCAGCUUGCAUGUCAUGUGGUUCGGUUCGGUCCGUCCGCACCUGCGUGACGUCCUCUGGCCUGAGGUCCUCCACAUUGACCGCCCAUUGCUCAUCCACCGACACCGUCUCGUUACCAUAAGGAGGAGAAGAAGCAGAAGCAGAAGUGGAAGCUGAUGAAGAUCUAGCACCACCACCACCAACAGCAGCAGAUGCCCGCGGCUCGCUCUCUUUCUCCUUGGUGGAUGUCGAUGCAGAUGACGGAGACGGCUUCUCACUAAAGAGCCCACCGACAAGACUCCUGUCCCCUCUCCGCAGCUGGUGGAUGGACCGCCGCGCCCAUGCAGGCGUCCUCACCACCAGGGGAGGGGUGCUGACGAAUGCUGGUGGUGAUGAUGGCAGCUGCCGGUCCGGUCUGCAUCUAGAGAGGAUGAGUGACGACAGUGCGGGAUGAAUCAAGCAGCUGAGGAGAAGCAGAGGGAGGGAGUGGGCCACCGCACUAGCCUGUGGCUGUCCGUGUGGCUGUCGCCGGCGUCGUGGCGGCUGUUCUGUCCGCACAGCAGGACCGGGGUGAGAGGGGCGGCAGUUGGGGUGGAGAUCCAUCGAUCAGCGAAAUGCAGAUGGCCUCACAGCUGUGUGUGCCAGACGCACUGCAAUGCGCCUUGGGAGUGCUUACGAUACC